AUGGAAAAAAUAGUUAGCUUCGAAGAAGGAUAUGAACACAUUAAAGUUAUAAAAGAAGCUUUAUUAAAAAUAUUCAAUUAUAAUUAUAAUAAUGUUGAUUUAAAAUAUUUAAAGAAAUGUGUUUUCAAACUAGUUAAUAAUGAUUAUUCUGAUAAGCUUUAUAUAGAAGUAUAUAAUAUUAUUUAUGAAUAUAUAAUACAUAUAAAAAAUAAAAUAUUAAAAUUUUACGAAUUAAAUGUAGAAAAUGAAAAUUUUAUUCCAGAAAUUAACAAACAGGAAUUUAAUAAAUUGAAUUUUUCUUCUAGCAAAAUUGAAAAAAGAGAUUUAGAACUUUAUUUUUCAUAUAAUAAGAGUGAUAAUAAUUUUGCAUAUAUAAAAAAUAUAAAAGAACUAAAUAAGAAAAAUUAUAAAAAAUAUUCAUAUGAUAAAUUUAUGGUCAUUAAUAAUCUGAAGUUAUUUUUUGAAAAAAAUGAAAAUAAUUAUUUUAAUGAUAAAGUAUAUAAUAAAAAUACUAUUUUCUUUAAGUCUUAUUUAUACUCCAAAAAUUUAAUAAAUUUUAAAAAUAUAUUAUUUAGUAACUGCAUAAAACUUAAAGAUACCUUCACUUUCAAUAUAGAAGACAAUGAAUGUUUAAAUAAUUUUAAAAAUAUUAUGUAUAAUAAAAUUAAAAAUUUAUUUUAUAAAUAUUCUUAUCAUAUAUUUAUAAAAGAAAGGGAAUAUUUAUUUGAUGAAAAAUGUUACAACUUAAAUAAUUUUAUUCAUUUACAAUUUUUGUGCUUAAAUAAUUUACCUGAAAUAAAUUAUAGUGAUGAAAAAUGUCAAAAAAAAAUGUAUUUACAAUAUGUUGAAGAAGUAAAUGAAGACAAAAAAAUGAAUGUUUUUUAUAUUUUAAAAGAUGAUUAUAAAAUUAUUGAAAAAUAUAAGAAACUUAAUUAUGAAAACUUAUACUCUCAAUGUUAUAAUAUUCGUAAAAAAAAACACUAUUGUAAUAUAUUUAGUAGAAAAAAAAAUAAAGAAAUAAAUGAAGAACAAUGUAGUUCUGAUGAUUCAGAUAUUUUACCACAAGAAUUUGCUAAAUAUUUCAAUAAAACUAAUAAUAUUUAUAAAAGAAUUAAUCUAUAUGAAAUAUUUAAGUGUGGUUUAAGUGUUGAAAAUAAUUUAUUAUUCAAUUCAGAAAUAAAUAAGAAAGAAAAAGAAAUAGAAAAUUAUAAUAUAUUUUCAAUAUACUUGAAAAAUAAAAGAUCUAUUGAGAAUAACAAUAUUUUUAUAAACAAAGUUAAUCAUGAUAAUGCAAUUAUAAAAGAUCUAAUUUAUUUUUUAAUUAACUAUAAAUUAACUAAAUUUCCUAAUAUAAUUAGAAUUGCUAUUGUAUCUAUAUGCAUUUUAAUAGGAAAAUAUAUAAGUAAUUAUAGUAUUACUUUUAGAAAGCAAAAUAAAUUUGAAUAUAGAACUUUUAAUAAUUUCCUUCUUCUUUAUUAUAUGGUUAAAAAAAAAAUGCAUACAUUUUGCAAUGAUAUGAAUAAAAUUAUAAAUAAAUUUUUAGAUUUGUUAAGUAAAAACGAAUAUAUGUAUCUCUUUUUGAAUAAAAAAAUAAUUACACUGAAAAAAAAAAUAAAGCACUACUCAAAAGUUUUUAAUGAAAAUGUAUUAGAAAAACAAAACUAUAACACAAGUAACAAAAAAUACGAUUAUGAGAAGAGUAAGAAUUACAAUGAUAGCAAUGAUAAUAUUGUUAAAAAUAUUUUAAACAAAAACGAACUACAUGAAAAAAAUGAUUCAAUGAAAAAUUUUUACAAUUAUACAAAAGAAAACAAGAAAUUUAGAAAUUCAUUUAGUAUAUAUAAAUUACCACUAGAAGAAGUAAAUAAACUGUUUUAUAGUAUUUUAAUGUUAUUAAAAAAUUCAGAUGUUUUUCGUUUACCUUUUUUGAAAAAUGCAACAAUAUGGAACUAUUUUAGUAUUACGCAUGCUCUUUUAAAUUCCAAUAAAUAUAACGAAAAUAUUUACAAUAUUAUAAAAAAAAAGUGCCUAAAAACAAAAGAAAAUGCCAUUAAUUAUUAUACAUGUAAUGAGAAAAAAAUGUGCAUUAUUAUAACGAAUAAAUUAUUAAUGAAUAUUUAUAGAACUAUAAAAUGUAAAUUAAAUUAUAAUUAUAAAUAUGAAUAUAAUGCUCUUUUAAAUUAUAAAAAAUUAUUUAAUACAGUGAUAUGUUUUUGGGAAAAAUGGAUUGGAAAUUUAAAAAAUAUAAAUGAAAUUUUCACUUAUAUGUAUGAUAAUUUUAUAAAUAAUAGAAUGUAUAAAAGAAAAUAUUUUCUAAAAAAAAACUAUACAUAUAGAGUAAAAAUUUUAAAUUAUAAUCUAAUGAAAAAAAACUCAAAAAAGCAAAAACAAAAAGAACAAGUUUCAUGGAAGAAAAAUCAGAAAAAAGUAUUAUUGCCCUUUGAUUCUUUAGGAAUUUUUUUAUUCAAUGAGCUAAUUUUAAAUAACGUUUUUAUAAAAAAAGUUAUCAAGAAAUGUCUACUUUAUUAUUAUACUUCUUUUAGUAGUCAUAAAAAAGAAAUAUGCAAUUUUUUUCAAAUAAUUUUUUAUUUAGAUAAAAUAUUAUGUAUUAAUUAUUAUUAUAAUUACUUUGAAAUCGAAUUAUCAAUAUUCUAUUUUAUAUAUGUUAUCAACAUUAUGCAUAAAAUUAUUGAAUAUAAAAACUUAUCAUAUUUUCUUAAUUUUAUUACAACUAUAAUGCUUGAAAAAAUAUAUAUUAAUAAAGAGCUUCAUAUUUUUGAUAAUUUUCAUAUAUUUAAGAAAUAUAUUAUAAGUAAUAGUUUUACAAAAAAACAUUCUAUUAUGUUUUUAAAUAAAUAUAAAAAAGAGAUAUAUGAAUACUUCAAAAUGGUGAAAUGUGAUGAAUUAAAAAAAUUAUAUUCCAUUAUUAACAGUGUUCUAAAAAACUGCAAAAAAUAUAUUCUGUCUUUAUUUGAAGAUACUAUAAUAAAUGAAUUUUAUGAAAAAUUAAAAAAUUAUUAUGUUUUUUUUCCUAAAAAUGUAUGGAACAAUUUUAUAGAUUUAAUAGAUGGUAAUUUUUCAGAUAAAUUAAUUAUUCAAAACAAAUUACAUAAUAUAUUUUCCAUCUUUUUAAGUAAUCAAGAUAUAUAUCUUUCAAAGAAUAAAAAUCACAUGAUGAAUAAUAACCUAAAUGAUAAUAUUAAAUAUGAAAAAGAAAAUAUUAGUAUAAUAAGUUCUAAAAAUAAUCUAGAAAACAAUGAUAAGUUUGAUAUAAAAAAAAAUUAUCAAAAUAUAUGCACGGAAGAAAAACCCAUGUAUAUAAUCAAUAAAAGAAUAAACAAAAAUUUUAUAAAUAAAAUAAAUGAAAAAACUUCAGAUUUUCAAAAAAAUGAAAAAAAAAAUGGUAAUGAAGUAUCAAAUAACAAAACGCUUGACGAAACUUGUAAAAAUUUUAAUUCAAAAGCUGAAUGUAAAAAAUAUUAUGAAAGCUGUUUCUUCAAAUAUAGAAACUAUAAUAAAAAAAAAAAAAAUUCUGAAGAUUCAUGCAUAAAUAUAGCAUAUGGGGAUACAUUAUUUGAAUUAGUAGAUUACUAUUUGUUGUUUAUUUUAUUAAAUAAUCAGGAAAAUUAUUAUUUUUUACAUUAUAUAUUUAAUUUAAUUUACAUUUAUUAUAAAUACGAAUUUAUAAUAAACAAAUGUUUUAAUAAAGAUGAACAUUUUUUUUCAUCAUAUAAAAAAGCAAUUUUUAAAAUAGUGAAUUCAGAUAAUAAUAUAACAUUUUAUUUUUCAAGAUUUUUAGAUUUGUUGUUAAAAGAAAUAGAUUUUUUAACAUGUUAUGACUACAAUGUAGACAACAAAAAAAUUUUUUUGAAAUUUUAUAAACAAAAUAUACAAAAAAAAUACUAUAAUCUUACUAAGAUUACAAACAAUAUAAAAGAAAACAAAGAAGAAGACAAAAAUCCAGACAAUUUAAUUAAGAGAGAACAGAACAGUAGGUUUAUUUCAAAAAGUAAACAAUCAGAAAAAAUUAAUAGUUUAUUCGUAAAGGAAAAUAAUGAAAAAUAUUUUAACAUAUACAAAGAUAUAUAUGAAAAUAAUAGUAUGAAUGAAAUUAAAAUUGAUAAAGAAAAGAUUCAUGAUAAUAAAAAUAUUAAUAAUAAUUUAAAAAAAAAAAAAAAUUUUGAUGAAUUUUAUUAUUAUGAAAUAUUCGAAAAUAAAAACUAUUCAAUAACAUUUCUAAAAUGUAGUUUGAUUUUAUGCACAUUAAAAUUAUUACAAAAUAAUAACAAAAAAAUAUUAUCUCAUUAUAAUGAUAUUAAUUGUUUUGUAAAUUUUUACUUAACUUUAAAAAGAAAAAAUAAAUUUAAAAAUGAAAAAUGUAGUUUUUAUGACUUUUUUACUCCAAUUUAUCAGUGUAAAAAUAAAAUUGAAAAAGAUUUUUGCAAAAGUUUUCUAAAAGAUAUUUUCAAAAUUUUUCAUUUUAUAGAAGACAAAAAUGAAGUAGAAUAUUAUUGUAGAAAAUUUUUAACAAAACGUUUAUUCAAUGGUAUGAAAAAUAAGAGAACUGAAAAAUAUAUUAUUAAAAUCUUUAAUAAUAUUGAGGGAGAUAAUUAUGUAUACAGAAUGAAAAAUAUGAUGCAUGAUUUUACAAAAUACAACAAUUAUUUUAAUAAAAUAAAAUCUAAUAAUGAUAGAAAAAAUAUUAAUAUACUAUUUCUUCGUAAUAUAAAUUGGCUAUUUGAUGAUUAUGGAGAUAUUUUAUUAAAUGAGGAUAUAAAAAACUAUAUUAAUUUAGCUACAGAGGAACUUUUAAAUACUCAUCGUAAUAUAAAAAUAGAAUGGAUUUUUCAUUUAUCUUAUGGAAAUCUUAUAUUUGAAAUAAGUGAAAAAAAAUAUAUAAUAAAUUGCAACAUGUGCAUUUUAAUUAUUCUCCUUCUUUUUAAUGAAGAAGUGAAAAGUGAAAAUUUUAAUCAUUUGAAUAAUCAUGAAACAAAUUCCAUUUCAGAAAAGAAGAAAAUUAAUAACCAAACUGUAAUGUGUAACAAAUUGGAUAUUAAUUAUAUACAUUAUUGUACAAAUAUAAAAAGAGAAAAUGUUAAACAAAUUUUAAAUGUUUUGGUUACUAAAUAUAAAAUACUACUUAAUGAAGUAUCAACAAAAAAUAAUAAUACAAUUGAUCUUUAUUAUGUAAAUUUUAAUUUUUUCUCAAAAAAUGAAAUAAUAUUUAUAGAUGACGGAUAUAUCGAUUCAGCAAAAAUUGAAAUAGAAAAAAAAAGAAGUAAAUAUAUUCAUAAUUUAGAACAACAUCCAACUUACGAACAAUAUUUAAUUGAAGCUUUUAUAGUCAAAUAUGUUAAAAAAAAUGGAAAUAUUAAUAUAGAUUUUUUAAUAAAUGAAACAAAAAAAUAUUUUAAUCAUUCAACUAUAGAUUCAAGCAAAAUUAACAAUUGCAUUACCCAUCUUAUUAACAUGGAUUAUUUAAAAAAGACUGAAAGUGGAACCCUUGAGUACAUAUAA